CGAGCGCCCGGCAGGGCUGCAGUGGGCGCGCGGCGGGCGAUGCCGGGGCCCGGGGCCCGCGCUGAUGAGGGCGGCGGCGGCGGCGGCGGCGAGGGCGCGGGGCCAGGGCGGGAGCCCGCGCGGCUGUGCGGCUACCUGCAGAAGCUGUCCGGCAAGGGCCCGCUGCGGGGCUACCGCAACCGCUGGUUCGUGUUUGACGCGCGGCGCUGCUACCUCUACUACUUCAAGAGUCCGCAGGACGCGCUGCCGCUCGGCCACCUGGACAUAGCCGACGCCUGCUUCAGCUACCAGGGUCCCGACGAGGCGGCGGAGCCCGGCGCCGAGCCGCCCGCGCACUUCCAGGUGCACAGCGGGGGCGCCGUCACGGUGCUCAAGGCGCCCAAUCGCCAGCUCAUGACGCACUGGCUGCAGGAGCUGCAGCAGAAGAGGUGGGAGUACUGCAACAGCCUGGACGGGGCGAAGCGCGCCAGCCGGGCCUCCCCGACCCCGGGGGACUCCUCCAAGGGCUUGGUGGCCCGGGACAGCUCGGAGCUGCUCCACCCGCACCCAGAUGCCUCCGCCGAGAAAGCCAGGAACGUCCUCGCUGUGGAGACCGCCCCCGGGGAGCUGGUGGGAGAGCAGGCCGCCAGCCAGCCGGCGCCCGGGGCCCCGAACUCCAUCAACUUCUCCCUGAAGCAGUGGGGCGCGGAGCUGAAAAACUCCAUGUCGUCUCUGCGCCCCGGAAGAGGGCACGAGAGCCGGAAGAGCGUGUUUUACACGCACGAGGAGUGGGAGCUGCUGGACCCGAGCCCCAGGGACCUGGAGGAGUCCGCGGCCCAGGAGGAGCGGAAGAAGCAGCCGCCCGAGGGCAGCAAAGGGAUCACUGUCUCGGGAUUUCCCUUUGAUUUUGGACGCGCUCCCUACAAAGGAAGGCGCCCCCUCAGAGACAUGAUUGGCUCGUACAAAAGCCGUCACGGCAGCGGGGACCCUGCCCCCGAGGGGACCUCGGGCGGCGGCGGCAGCGGGGCCCGGCCGGCCUCCGCGGUGCAGCUGCAGGUGCAGAGCCAGCAGGAGGAGCUGGAACGCCUGCAGAAGGACCUGUGCAGCCAGAAGGAGCUGGUGCGGCUGCUGCAGCAGACGGUGCGGUCCUCCCAGUACGACAAGUACUUCGCCAGCAGCCGGCUCUGCGACGGCGCCGCCCAGGACACGCUGGGGCUCCUGCACCAGAAGGACGAGCAGAUCCUGGGCCUCGCCGGGCAGCUGGAGAAGUGCGGCCUGGAGAAGGAGAGCCUGCGGCAGGAGCUGCGGACGCUGAAGGGCGCGGUGGGCGAGCUCAACGAGAAGCUGGGCAUGCUGAUGGAGACCAUCCAGGCCAAGGACGAGGUCAUCAUGAAGCUGUCGCGGCAGCUCAGCGAGUGCGAGGACGGCGCAGCCUCCCCCACCUGGCCGCCCGCCUCUCCCACCGCCGCCCCUGCCGGCCGGGACCAGCUGGAGCUGGACCGGCUGAAGGAUAACCUACAGGGGUACAAAACCCAAAAUAAGUUCCUCAAUAAGGAAAUUCUGGAACUCUCGGCGCUGCGGAGGAAUGCGGAAAGGAGGGAGAGGGAUCUCCUGGCCAAGUACUCGAGCCUGGAGGCCAAGCUGUGCCAGAUAGAGAGCAAGUACCUGAUCCUGCUGCAGGAGGUGAAGACCCCCGUGUGCUCCGAGGAGCCGGGCCCCGCCCGCGAGGUCAUCGCCCAGCUCCUGGAGGACGCGCUGCAGGUGGAGGGCACGGAGCAGCCGGAGCACGCCUUCGUCAAGCCUCACCUCGUCAGCGAGUACGACAUCUACGGGUUCAGGACGGUGCCGGAGGACGACGAGGAGGAGCAGCUGGUGGCCAGGGUGCGGGCGCUGGACCUGAAGAGCCUGCACCUCACGGAGGCGCAGGAGGUGUCCACCGGCGUCAAGUGGGAGAACUACUUCGCCAGCACGGUGAACCGCGAGAUGGCGCGCUCGCCCGAGCUGAAGGGCCUGAUCCGCGCCGGCAUCCCGCACGGGCACCGCUCCGCCGUGUGGAAGUGGUGCGUCGACCUGCACACGCGCAAGUUCAAGGACGGCGCGCCGCCCGGCUACUUCCAGGCCCUGCUGCAGAAGGCGCUGGAGAAGCAGAACCCGGCCUCCAAGCAGAUCGAGCUGGACCUGCUGCGCACGCUGCCCAACAACAAGCACUACUCCUGCCCCACCUCCGAGGGCAUCCAGAAGCUGCGCAACGUGCUGCUGGCCUUCUCCUGGCGGAACCCGGACAUCGGCUACUGCCAGGGCCUCAACAGGCUGGCGGCCGUGGCCCUGCUGUACCUGGAACAGGAGGACGCCUUCUGGUGCCUGGUCACCGUCGUGGAGGUCUUCAUGCCCCGGGACUACUACACAAAGACGCUCCUGGGGUCCCAGGUGGACCAGCGCGUGUUCCGCGACCUCAUGAGCGAGAAGCUGCCGCGGCUGCACUCGCACCUGGAGCAGCACCAGGUGGACUACACCCUCAUCACCUUCAACUGGUUCCUGGUGGUCUUCGUGGACAGCGUCGUCAGCGACGUCCUCUUCAAGAUCUGGGACUCCUUCCUGUACGAGGGACCCAAGGUCAUUUUCCGCUUCGCCCUCGCGCUCUUCAAGUACAAGGAGGAGGAGCUCCUGAAGCUGCAGGACCCCAUGUCCGUGUUCAAGUACCUGCGCUACUUCACGCGCACCGUCCUCGACGCCCGGAAGCUGAUCGGCAUCGCCUUCGGGGACCUGAACCCCUUCCCCCUGCGCCAGAUCCGCAACCGGCGCGCCUACCACCUGGAGAAGGUGCGGCUGGAGCUGACGGAGCUGGAGGCCAUCCGGGAGGACUUCCUGCGCGAGCGGGACGCCAGCCCCGACAAGGGCGCGCUGGUCAGCGACGAGGAGGAGGACACCUGAGCGCCCGCCCUGCAGCCGGGGGGUGACCUGCAGACAGAGCGUCUCCACCGGGGUCUGGGGGGUCUGCCGGCAGCCGUCCAGGGCACACCGCGGCCUCCGCUCCUCUGGGCCGGCGGCCGGCUCGCGCCGGUGCACAGCCGCCCGCCUGCCUGCCAUGCAUCCGUCCCGGGACCCAGCAGCCACUCGCACCGGUCGGCCGUGGGGGUCCGGGCCCUGAGGAGGCCCCAGGUGGGCCGCCGCCUCUUCCCAUGGGCCGCUGGCAGCGUCCAGGCAGCCGGCUGCGGAGGACGCCCGGCGCUCAGACGCCCAGGCCGGAGUGUGGCUGCCCGUGGCCUGCGGUCAGUGCGAGGGGAGCGACCUCCUAGGAGAAGCAAGCACGCCGCCGUUCAGAACCGGCCGUAGAAACCACCCCGGCCUGCCGGCCCCGGCACCACACGCGGUCCCGCGGGAAGCUCUCCGCGUGUCGGGGCCACGACUCUCGGGGUGUCUCCAGCACAGACAGACGGCACGGGGUCCCGGGGAGGCUGGCUCAGCGUCCCGCCAGCCGGGCCCGCCCCGGGUGGCCUCGGUCACGGGGGACGCAGGGCGGCAUCUGUGGCUUCCUCGGCGGCAGCAGCCGCCACCGGCGCACCUGCUGUGUCCUCGCCCGGCUGGGGCCCCGGUGCUGGGAAGUGCCCCCCCUUCCCCGGACCCACCACGUGGUUCCAGGGGCCCUGAGACCCGAGAGCCGCCUCUCUGAAGCCCCAGUCUUUGCACAAGGAAGGGGGUGCCGCGCCGCCAUCCUGGGCCGUCGGCGUGGCGGGCGCUGUUGUUCGAACAGGAAAGACGCCGUUUUGGACGGAGCCCUUCACCCUGCGCGGAGCAGACGGGAGACGGCCUCUGGCUGGCAGACACCGAACACGCUCAGGCUGAGAGUCGAACCCGAGCCAUUCGGGGGCGGUCAGCCUCCGCGUUCGGGGAAGGGGGGGGGCUGCCUCGUUGGAUUCCCACUGUGUGGGGGAGCUGGUCUCUGUGUUCAGCCAGAAACAAGCCUCUGUCUCCCGUCCGUCGUCAGCAGUGGGGUCUCCGUCCUGGGGGUCUCUGGGAGCCGGCGCUGCAGCUCCAGCUCCUGCAGGAAGUUGCUGCUGCAGGAGCCAGCUGCUGCAGCCCCUGCUCCCCCCUCCCCCGGGGCUGUCAGCCUGGGGGUGCCGUGGGCGUGGGGCGCAGCUUCCUGCAGACCUGGGUUCCCAGGUUCAUCUCCCCUGGACCUCCCGUCCUGGGGCGGAAACACGGCCUUAGGAACAGGCCUGUGGUGCCCCUUUGGCUCUGAAAAGACGCACCUUGGAAGCACCUGAAGCGACUUCGGGGCCCGGGUUUCAGCCCUUGCGCCAGCGGCGGCGGUGAUGCCACGUGGCCCGGCGGUGGGCGUGAGAGCUCUGUGGGGGAGGGGUGGGCAGGGGCGCUGAGUCCACAUGGGGCCCCGAUGGCACUAAAGUCCGGCCCCACUGCCCGAGCCACCCUGCCUCCUGGGGCAGCUGGGACCAGGCAGGGCAGCCUCCGCAGCCGCCCAGGGCGCGGGCCGUGGCCCACAGGACCCUUGUGCUGAGGUGCCAACUCUGUGUUGCUGGGCCUUCUUUUUUAUGGGUCGAACAUCCGUGAAUACUUUUGUAUAUUUCACUACAGUUUAUAUUUUUAUAGCCUAUUUUUAUCAAGGUUUUUCAAGUUCAUAUGCCUGUAUUUUGUAUAACAAGUUCUUCUGUGUGCAAGGCUCCCUCGUGCGUAUUUAUGUGACCCUGAAGGUCCCAAGUGGCUCUGCACGCCGGGCCACCACGGACCCUCGCUCCUGUGCGGCCCCCCCGUCGCCCCAGGUCGUGCCCUAGGGUCCUGCUGUCGGCCGUCCCGCAGCAGCCAAGACCAUGGUCCCCAAGGAGACUGUGGCCUCGACCACAUUGCACCGACAUGGGAAGUGUCCUGGGCAGACAGCGUCCCAGGCUCUGCCUGACGCGGGGUCUGUGUCGCCCCCGACACCCCGACACCCCGCCCCCCUGUGCGGCGGCUGGGAGCCGGGCUGCGGCACUGCCCCCUCACUCCUGCUCUCCUGUCACAGCAGCGUCCGCGCUCACCUUCCAGGUCAGCCUUGGACUUGCCCUGUUAGAAAGUAAAAUAAACUAAUUUGUAUGACAUUCCAA